CACCAAAGCCGACACAUCACUAACCUUUGAGUCGAUACCACUCAUCCCACCGUGGACUGGACGUCAUCCGUAGGCACAUAAUCACUUUACUAGCCACAGACCCAAUACCGACUUCGUCUGCGCGUCGCUUUCUACUGCUGCACUCAGCGCUUCAUAAGUCGCUCUUGGGCACGCCACUGGCCCUGUAGCACUGUCUCAACACCCUCUGGCACAUACUGAGGAAAUAGCCAUGGCGGAGCAAAGUAUCAACGUUCCUCAGGUACUUGUAUUUAUCGUCGUCACCUUCCUGGCUGUGCGAUGGUACUUUAGCAAACCCACAACAGCAGCGCCUGGCACGCGAGCAGCCGCAAACCGCGCCACGCCCCGUAUCAAUCUGGCGCAGAUUGACCAGGUAGCCGAGAUGUUGCCGCAACUGAGUAGAAGGGACAUUGCCUGGGAUCUGCAGCGAAACGGUGGUAAUGUUGCAGCAACAACAGAGAGGGCGCUGAGUGGGAGGGGGUUGGAUACGGCACCACCAUCUUUCCAAAUACCUGCACCACGCGCUUCACCUGCACCAGCUCGACCAGCCGCUGCACCAGCGAAGCCUUCACAUCCCGAUCUGAUCACACGAUACAACCUAUCUUCAAAGAUCAACGAGACACCCCAGGCUGCGCAAGAAGAGCAGCCAAAAUCAAAAUCUUGGAGUGCGGACAAGAACGAGAGGCAGGCGAAUCUGCAAAGGAGGAGAGAGGAAAUGAUUUUGGCCGCACGGAGAAAGUUGGAGGCACAGGAAAAGGCAAAGGCUUCGGGAACAAGUGCAUAGAGAAACGUGGUACAUCUGUCAUACUAGAUCUGGUAAACUUGCCAAAGGCAAGCGUACAUAGUCCGCGAUUAGUCGUGAUAUUCUAGAUCGAUCUUGCAUUAAUACCAGGAUCCUUUCAACUCUUCCGAUUUAAUAUG